GUUUGCAAGCGCAUGCACGAGGCCGAGGAGCAGAAGAAGCUCUCCUCCGUAGUUCCAAUGUCUUCCUCCGCUUCGGAGGCGCCGGCUCGUCCGGAGCCGAAGGAUCCGGCGCCUCAACCCAAGCCGCGGGCUGAGGAGCCCGACGACGACAUGCAGCAGCAGAUCAAAGCGGCUAUGGCGGCCCAGGACAUCAGGAGACUGCGAAAGCUCUUGUCAGAGAUCCUGCUGAAGGGCUAUCCGCCAAAAAAGUACAACGCGUUGGUGCUGAAAGCUCUUGAAUGGAUCGAAGCCCAUAAGCCGGAUGUGGAGUCGGCAUUACGGAAAGCCAUGAAUCGCAAGAUCUCCGCUGAGGUCGUUGAGUGCGCGAUGGACGCAAGGUUUUGCGGUGUGGACGAGAAUUUGCUGCAGCAGGCAG